AUGGGACUCACGACGUCACGGGCGGCGCCGGCCAUCGACGCCGUCUUGCGCAACCAGGAGCUCUUGGCCGUCAUCGCCUUGUAUCAGCGCGGCCUGCCCGAGAGCCUCGCACCGCUCGUGCCCGGGCUGCGGCGCAUGGCCCAACGCCCAAAGCAACGGAUCACGACCACCGACCCUGACCUCGACGCACGCUUCCGCACGUGGCAAUCAGCUCACAGCGUCGAGGAGCUCGCGCCUCUGAUGCGCAACAGCACGCUACAGACCGGGCUGCGGCGCUUCGCCCUUCUUCACGGCCAUCUCGAAGUCGUCGCCUUUGUCGCUGCGGCCACGCGCGUCGUCGACUGGGACUGGCACAUGGCAGCGUCGAAUGGCCACACGUCGGUGCUCGACUGGCUCGAAGCGAGUGGCGAGCCGCAUCCGCGUGGCCUCAUGGAGUGCGGCGUCAGCAACAACCAGCUGGCCGUUGUCAUCUGGGCGCACACGCGGCAGCUCGAUGUCGCGCUCAAUCUGCGCACCGUGGCGGCCGAGCAAGGGUAUCUCGAGAUUCUGAGGUACUUGGACGCGCAUUCGCUGAGCAGCUGGGACCCGAUAGCCGUCUCGAUCGCCGCCGAGCGCGGUCAUCUCGACGUACUUGGCUUCCUGCACGCCAAGCACGUCGCCCGCUGGAGCCGCUUGCUCCAGAUCUGCAAUUCGCGCUCGCUCGAGCAAAGCGGCUCGUCGCAGUCGACGCAGUGGUCGGCCAGCGCCGCGUUCACUGCAUAG